UUCAGUCUCACGCGCAACUAUAUAAUGUUGGAUAAAAUCAAGGAACGAUUGUGUUGUUCUUCAGUGUUAUUCAUUGUAUCAGAGAUUAACUAAAGCUUGAAGAUGAAGGUACUAGUAGCGUUGUCCAUAUUCGUUGUACUAGCAGCAGCAGUACCAAUUACAAAGGAUGAGUUGGCUACACUUGAGGCAUUCGACUAUGACGCCCUAUUCGCUGAUGAAGAGAACAGAAAAAUGGUCUUCGAUUGCUUGCUAGAUAAAGGAGAUUGUGGUCCUUACAAACAAAUUGUUGAGCUGUCAAUGAAAAUAAUACUUAGCAACUGUGCAGAAUGUUCCCCAUCCCAGAAGGCGAAAUACGAUCACGUACUAAAAGUAUUGAAGGAAGACUAUGCGUCCUUCUUCAAUGAACUCAUGCAGAAAGCUGCUUCCAAAAAGGAAAAACAUUAAAAUACACCUUAUUUAGUAACGUAAUUAAAUUAAAAAUUGAAUGUAGUUUUAUGUUUAGAUAAAAUGAUAUUGGCAACUAUUUUUUUAAAGUAUGAACCUGUGGAGAAUGACUUGAAGGAUUGGUAAUUCAAUAUUUGAAAUUAAUUUCUUUAAUUAGUACCUAUUUAUGUAAAUUUUG